AUGAUAGCAACGGACAUGCCAGAAAAGGAAAGAAUCGCUGAGGAACGUACUGCUACGUUCAAUAGAAAAGGUCUGCAUAACAGAAAAGUUCUACAAGAUGGUGGUAAUGAAAUUUAUCCAUCGACAAACGAAGAUAGUGAAAUCAGUGAAACAGAAAAUGUGAUUCUAGAAAGUGAAACAGACCUAGAACCGGAUGAGAAAAAUGACCAAAGGUAUGAAAUUGUAGAUGAAAAUUUUCCUGAUUUACCGCGUAAGCCAAUAAUUGAUGAAGUUGUCCUUGUAUUACUGCGAUAA